AUGCGUCGUAAAGCCCCUGCAACUCUUCUCUUUAUAUUCCUUUCUCUUCUUGUUUUUGUCUUCUCCUCUCUGUAUUACUCCCGCCACGUUAUCUCUUCUCACAUCAUCAUCACUUUCCUUCCUCUUAACCUCACUACUCUACCCAUUUCUCAUUCUGCUAACAACGCCAUCCCUGAACAAUUCCUCGACCUCACACGUCACACCGCCCACGUCCAACCUAUUCCAACCUCCCCACCUCCUUCUUCCACGGCUCAGGAAUAUUCUUCUGUUCAACAUUUUACGGCCCUCCUUUUGCCAGGGUGGGAGGUUCUCCUCGCAAUUCCCCCGCUGCUGUUUCCUCCGUCUCACAACUACACCUGUCUAUUCCGGAAAAAUGAAACAUCUCCUGCCAAGUUCGUCGGGGUCUCACCGUCCACAAAACUGGAACUCUUCAAGUGCGACGUUCCACCGGGAAACCGCCGCCGCGUGGUGUACCAGCCGGUUUUCACGAGGUCGUCGGAUAAGUCGUAUCCAGUGAACCCUAACUCGCCGGUACUCCCCAAGUGGAGCUUCCUGGUGUACGAUUCCUUCUCGUCGGAGAACGACGUCCUUCUCUUCGUCAAGGGAUUGAACAAUCGGCAAGGAACCAACAGGUCUCCCUCCGAAUUCAACUGCAUCUUCUGGGUCGAGACUCGCAACAACAUAACUGUGAAAACUGCGGUUACCAGCUCAAUCCAAGAGGUGUUCAGAUGCCCACGUCCCAAUUUAAAGGCUCUCAGUUCUGGCGGGAGAGACGAGCGAAUCAGAACCUCAAUCGAAAUUAAGGAGAAAAACGCCGUCGUCCCAUCGGUCGCGUACUAUACGCCGAAGCGUACGAUAGUAAGCCCGGGGCGGAAGAAGCAAUUGUGCGCAUGCACAAUGGUGUACAACGUGGCCAAGUUCUUGAGAGAAUGGGUGAUGUACCAUGCCAAAAUCGGCGUCGAGAAGUUCAUAUUAUACGACAACGAGAGCGACGACGAUCUGGAAGAUGUGGUUAAGAAGCUGAAAUUGGAAGGCUAUAACAUAGAGACUGUGUUUUGGAUUUGGCCGAAGACGCAAGAAGCCGGCUUCUCUCACGCAGUCAUCCACGCGAAAAACUCCUGCACCUGGAUAAUGUACAUCGACAUUGAUGAAUUCGUCUUCUCUCCAUCAUGGCAAAGCAGAUCUAAGCCGUCAGAUCAACUGAUUAAAUCCUUGUUGCCGAGGGGCAAGGAAAGGAGGAAGGUGGGUCAGGUGUCGCUCAAGUGCAACGAUUUCGGGCCGUCGAAUCAGAAGUCGCACCCUCCAGAAGGAGUGACGCAGGGGUAUACCUGCCGGCGGCGGGUGGAGAAGAGGCACAAGUCCAUAGUCCUACUAGAAGCAGUAGAGCACUCGCUGUACAACGCGAUACACCAUUUUGGACUGAAGAGUGGGUAUCGCUCGAAGGAGAUGAGCAGGGAAGGUGCGGUGGUGAACCACUACAAGUACCAGGCGUGGUCGGAGUUCAAGACCAAGUUUAGGAGGAGAGUGUCGGCGUACGUGGUGGACUGGACCCGAGCCGUGAACCUUAGGUCGAAUGACAGAACUCCGGGACUUGGGUUCGAGGCGGUUGAGCCGAAGGGGUGGGCUAACAAGUUCUGCGAGGUGAAAGACGAGAGGCUGAAAUUGUUGGCCCGGAAAUGGUUUGGAAUAUCUGGAAAGCUCGAGGGAAGUCGCAGGAUGGCUUGGCAAAAAUGA